GCGCGCGGCUCGGAGGGCGCGAGCGCAUUCCGACACCGCGGCACCUGUUUGCCCAGGCGCCGAUAAGACUCAUUCGCAGUGUUUAAAUAGUGAGUGUAUCCGAGCCCGACCUCCCCGUGGCAACAUUCGUACCAUGUUUUACUUUUUGCUCGACGAGGGGAAUGAAGUAGAACUCUCUGACUCGUUUACCUUCGCAGUUUCCUUCCGUUUCCUGCCGGACUGAGACGAGCGAGUGUCUGCGAGGCGCGGCGGACGGAGUGGUGUUUGGACCCCACCCCACAGUCUCCACACUCAUAUCCUCACCCCUGUCCCAGAGCUCUCCCAACUAAGGAGGUUUUUGCAGGAGAAUCACCUGGAGCACUGCGUGGGGCCAGCGGGGACACUUUGAUGUGCUUCCCUUUAAGCCCUCUCCACAUUCAAGGUGUGUCCAACCCAUCUCCAGAAGAACUUUGACCCACAUGAGUGUUGGUGGACAGCAGGGCCACAGAGCAUGGAGGAGGCCCUGCACCGGAGCGCCUCAGAGCGAGCCCACGAUGAUGAGCGCCUGGAUCUACUGGCGAAGACCCAGGAGUUCUUCCAGAUCUGUGACACGGAGAACAAGGGGUUUGUCGCCCGCAGGGACAUGCAGAGGCUGAAUGGAGAACUUCCCCUGACACCAGAGGAGCUCGAGAAUGUCUUUGACUCACUGGAUGCAGAUGGAAAUGGUUUCCUGACGCUGGAGGAGUUCUCCAGUGGAUUCAGUGAAUUCCUGUUUGGCCGGAGGAUCUCGGUAGCAGAGUCCAUGCCCGUGCUCUCACCCACCCUGGACUCAACAGAAACUUCGCCAGAACUGCUGUAUCAGAGCCAGUGGGAGGAGAAGUUGUUAGCUGAUGAGGAUGAGGAUGAGGAUGAGGAAGAGAAACACUUCUCCCAGCUGAUGGAGAGCCUCGGGGCAGACAGCGUGUUUGAGGAGCCAGGUGAAGUGCGCAACCUGUGGGUGCAGCUGCGCCGUGACGAACCUCACCUCGUGUCCAACUUUGAGGAGUUUCUGGCCCGAGUCAUCCAACAGAUCAAAGUGGUCAAUGAUGAGAAGGAGGAGAUGGAGAACACCCUCCGGAGGAGAGCAGCAACGCAUGAUGAUGAAAUCCAGCAUCUCUAUGAGGAAAUGGAGCAGCAGAUCAAGAGUGAAAAGGACCGCAUCCUCCACCAGGACUCUGAGCGCUUCCUGUCUCGCAGCCAGAACCUGGAGCUGCAGCUGUCCAGUAAAGAGCGGGAGCUGGAGAACCUUAUCCAAAAGCAGAAGAGGUUGGAGAGCCAGUGGCAGGAGCUCCACAGCGAACAGCGGCAGACUCAGGUGGAGAAUGUCAAGCUGAAACGGAUCAACGAGGAGUUGGUCAGGGAGCUGGAGCGCACCAGCCAGGAGCUGACCCUCACCCAGGACCAGCUGAGUCUGCUGCAGGAGCAGUCAUCUCAUCUGCGCGAGGACCGCGAAAUGGAGAUGUACCGUGUUACAGAAGGACUCCAGAGGGAAAAGGCAAGUCUGCUAAAGCAACUGGACCUUCUUAGGGAAAUGAACAAGCAUCUUCGGGAUGAACGAGACAUGUGUUACCUGAAACCUGUUACUCCAGCCACAGCACCCUCUCAGAAUCAGAGAUCUGGAUCCACCCCCCUGAAGUCCGCAGAGAGAAGACCAUCCGGUAAAAGUGAAGAUGAGAACGGAGCUACGCCGUACUUCAGGAGGAAGAGCUCACUGGGACUCAGCGGACUCACUCAGGAGGUAGAGGCCGAGGGUGGUCCAACAAAUCGGCGACACCUGCCCAGAAUAAUCUCGAUUGAGGAGGACCACCUGCCCCAGUUUCUGCAACAGGAGUUUCAGGCUCAGCUGCAACAGCUGAGUGAGGAAGAGGAGCAGCAGAAGGAACAGUUGACAAAUGGCAUCCAGCCUACUCAUACUCCGUCGCCCAGCAAGGUCUCCUCCCCCAGCGAUGAGGGUACACCGCUCUCGCCUAGGGGGCAACCGGUUGGCAAGGAAACGAUACUCCCUGAUGAGAAACCCGCUUCUGCUCCGGACCGCCUGUUCAAGAUUGUGGUGGUGGGCAACUCUGGGGUGGGCAAGACCUCCCUGCUACGCCGCUUCUGCGACGGCUUCUUCCACGCUGGCACCUCGGCCACUGUAGGCAUCGAUUAUAUUGUGAGGACACUAACCGUGGACGACACCCAGGUGGUUUUCCAGCUGUGGGACACAGCGGGGCAGGAGAGGUUCCGCAGCAUCACCAAACAGUUCUUCCGCAAGGCUGAUGGUGUGGUGGUCAUGUACGAUAUCACUGCCGAGCAGAGCUUCAAGGCUGUGCGCCAGUGGUUGUCCAGUGUGCAGGAAGGGGCAGGGGAAGAUAUUCCUGUCUUGCUGCUGGGGAAUAAAACAGACAGGGAGAACAAAAGAGAAGUCCAGAGGAGGCUAGGCGAGAUCCUGGCCAAGGACUGCCAACUUGAGUUCUACGAAUGCAGUGCUUUUUCAGGCUACAAUGUGACAGAGUCCAUGGUGCACCUGGCCAGGAUUCUGAAGGAGCAGGAAGACCAGGAAAAAGAGAAAACGGUGCAGUUGUUGGAUGACUCGUCCAGGAAACGGUCUUGCUGCUUACGGCAGUGAUCGUCUACCAAGGUACGGCUCGACCGUCCAUCCUGACGCGUCCGACUAGUACGCAAUGUCCUCACCCUGAGAAUCUCCAUGAGAGUCACCAAGGGCUGCGAACACAUUCCUGUGUAGAGGACCCAGUGCUGUGGUGGUGUGCUGAACCACCAGCUGCGCUUACAGCGGAAUGACUUUAUCAAAGGCACUCGGCACAAAUUAUACAAAUGAACGUAUGUAUGUAUAUAAAAUGGUAACCUAAUGUAACCUAACACUCAGAUGUGCAAUUAUGCCAGUUUACGUUAUUAGUAUACUAAUGUUUGUUGGUGUACAGACCAUAUGAUUAUUGGUGUGUAUUAUCUUGGUGUGAGAAAUGCAACUCAACAGUUUUGACAAAGCCAUUUUUGGGUGUACUUUUUUUAUAGAUACAAAAUAAUUGGAUUUGCGGUAAAUUGCUCAAAAAAGGAAUACUAUACUGUGCUUUUAAUUAAGUGUACAUGUUUUGCUCCUAGCCAUCAAAGACCAGCCUAGCCAUCAUUAAUGUUUUAAUGUCUGUUUUAAAGUCUGAGACUUGACAUAUGGCCACAUGUUACCAUAUGGAGGUGAUGUGCCAGGUGUUGAACUAUUUAUAAAAAAAAAAAAAAAAAAAGUGUUGUAUGACAUUUACAGUAACGGUUUCAGACCAUGUUUGUGGCCAGGUUAAACCCCCAGGGUUUUAUUACCUUUUGGUCUCCUAGACUCAGCACUCGUCCACUUUACAUUUCCGUUUGUAUAUGUGACAGUUAUUAUAUGUGCUGUUGAUACUGCUGUUUAUUGUGCAAAAUCAUUAAUAAAUGAAGCA